AGAGAAGAAACAGAAUGGAAAACUCAUGAUGAAUUGUUAGGGCAUGUUGAGUUGGUUCUGUCACUGCCUGCAGUCAGAUGAUUUCACUGGCUGUACAAGAUGAAAUCUCAUAUUUCAAUGUAUAAGUAAAAGUGUCAAAGUUCAGCUGAAGCAGGGACGAAUACAGAGCAAAUUUUGUGUGUAUUUGUAACUAGGGCACCAGAGCAAUAGAAGAAGCCAAAAUGAGCCGGAAAAGCAGAAGCACUUUAAAGGAGAAAUUUGCCUUGAAGAACAGCUUGGCUAAAGAAGCCCUCUCAGAAUUCCUGGGAACUUUUAUAUUGAUACAGCUUGGUUACUGCCUGACAAACAUUGUACAGCCUUGAAUGAAUUUCUUCUACUUACGGCACUUGGCUGUGGCUGUGUGGGCCAGGCUGUUCUUAGCCGAGGAGCACACGGUGGGCCCAUGACAAUAUCAGUUGGAUUCGCAAUGGCAGUCACCAUAGCAGUGUAUGUGUCUGGGGGGGUUUCUGGUGGUCACAUAAACCCAGCCGUUUCAUUAGCCAUGUGCGUGACUGGAAGAUUAAAAUGGACCAAAUUACCAAUUUACAUAUUAGCACAACUCCUGGGAGCAUUUGUUGGAGCAGCAGCUGUCUUUGGGAUUUAUUACGAUGCCUUUAUGGAGUAUAGCAAUGGAAGACUUGAGGUCACAGGACCUAAUGCAACAGCACACAUCUUUGCAACAUAUCCAGCUCCCUAUCUGUCCCUCAUAAAUGGAUUUGCAGAUCAGGUGAUGUCAACAGCUGUUCUUCUUCUGGCUAUAUUUGCUAUUUUUGACACCAAAAAUAACAGCGUACCAAAGGGCCUGGAGCCAAUUGCAGUAGGAGUUCUUAUAAUUGUUCUUACUUGCUCCUUGGGAAUGAACAGUGGCUGUGCCAUGAACCCAGCCAGGGAUCUAGGCCCAAGGCUCUUCACAGCCGUUGCAGGAUGGGGGAUGGAUGUAUUCACGGCUGGGAAUAACUGGUGGUGGGUCCCUGUUGUUGCACCUAUGCUGGGAGGUGUACUUGGAGCAAUGACCUAUAUUGUUCUUAUUGAAAUUCAUCAUUCAGAUACUCAGCCAGGAGACGAAAAUGAUGUGUAUGACAAAUACGAAUUGACCAAUGUGGAGUAAGAAGUGAAGAAUUUUCUCAUUUUGUUGUGUAGCUUUUAUGCAAAUAAUCGUUUGGACCAUGUUACAAAACCUGUAUGCUUCAAGCAGAAAUUCACAUUUC